GCAUGUUGAGCAGCAGACGGUCAGAGGGGGCGGGAUGAAAACAGCUCACAUCUUCAGACCAACAGACCUGAGUCCUGCAGAAGGAGUCUGCAUGUCAAGUGGGCAGGCAACGGUUAACUUCUCCACAAGUGUCAAAAAUAUGUUGAACUAAACAGACCCGAGGAAAGCAAGCUGGAUUUCCUGAGCACACACAUGUUGCAUUUACGGGAUGAAAGCUUGGCAGCGGGACGAUCAAUUCAAAUGAUCUAGGAGCCGUGCGUAAAAGUCCACAAGACACCUCUGAGGAGCUGAUCGUCGGAGGGAGGAUUGUACCAGAGCUAGACUGGAGGAGAGAGCGCACUCAUGCAAAUUCAUAAAAUCAUAGGCGUGCCUUUAGGCGAUGGAGUCACAGCCGGAAAAGCAAACCCCCUCCUGGAUCAUCAGCGACCUUCAAAGACUGUGAUGCGCGGCGCUCGGACGCAUUGACAGCAGCUCCGAGUCAAACGUUUUAAAAGCGCAGUGAAAGAGAAGAGAAAGUUAGGGCUCGUUCUUCUUCAUGGUUCUGUUCACUGGCUGCAGUUUUUCCUCAACUAAACCACCAGCUCCACUGCUGCGCCACUGUUCUGCUGGAUCUCCAACCCAAAGGCUCAUUGCGCAAACUGCCAGGCAUUAGCUUUGGGUUUGUUUUUUCUUAUUGUUUUGCAUGUUUACCGUCAGUUUGGAUCACUUUAAUUACUGAGAACCCUGAUGUGGAUGAAGUUACAGCCUCCUUACUUUUACAGAAUCUGUGCGUAAAGACACCGACCGCUGAUUUGUUCCUCUUUUGAGAAAAGUAUUUAAUUUCAUUUUUAUUUAAAUUGCUGUGGACUUUCCACCACCAUGUCAGAGGACGACAGUAGCUCCACUAGCAGCCUUAUGUCUGACACAGACAGCAGUAACGUUAGUGUCCUUAGCUGGGAGCAAGUGCAGCGGCUGGACGCCAUUCUCACCGAAACCAUUCCGAUCCACGGCCGUGGAAACUUCCCCACUCUGCAGAUGCAGCCGCGGCAGAUCGUCAAAGUGGUCCGGAGUCGGAUGGAGGAGAAACAGAUCCACGUCCGGGACGUUCGGUUAAACGGCUCCGCAGCCAGCCACAUUCUGCACGGGGACAGUGGACUGGGCUACAAGGACCUCGACCUUAUAUUUUGCGCAAAUAUGAAAGGUGAAAGUGAUUUCCAGACUGUGAAGGACAUAGUUUUGGACUGUCUCCUGGAUUUUUUACCCGACUGUGUGAAUAAAGAGAAAAUAACUCCGUUAACGUUAAAGGAGGCAUAUGUGCAAAAGAUGGUGAAGGUGUGCAAUGACUCAGACCGCUGGAGUCUCAUCUCCCUCUCUAACAACCGGGGGAAGAACGUGGAGCUGAAGUUUGUGGAUUCCCUUCGGCGGCAGUUUGAGUUUAGUGUGGACUCCUUUCAGAUCAAACUGGACUCCCUGCUGCUGUUCUAUGAGUGCUCAGAGAACCCCAUGGCCGAGACCUUCCACCCAACCAUCAUGGGUGAGAGUGUGUACGGAGACUUCAGCGAGGCCCUGGACCACCUACGUCACAAGAUCAUCUGCACCCGGAACCCAGAGGAGAUCCGAGGCGGGGGUCUCCUGAAGUACUGUCACCUCCUGGUCAGAGGUUUCAGGGCCGCAUCAGAGUCAGAGAUGAAGUCCCUGCAGCGCUACAUGUGCUCACGCUUCUUCAUUGACUUCCCUGAUAUUGGUGAGCAGCAGCGCAAGCUGGAGUCCUACCUUCAGAACCACUUUGUGGGCCUUGAAGACCGCAAGUACGACUACCUGAUGACCCUCCACGGAGUGGUCAAUGAGAGCACAGUGUGUCUGAUGGGGCACGAGAGGCGGCAGACCUUAGGGCUCAUAGCCAUGCUGGCGGUGCGUGUGCUUGCUGAGCAGAAUGUCAUCCCCAACGUGGCUAAUGUUACGUGUUAUUACCAACCUGCUCCUUAUGUGGCAGAUGGUAACUUCAGUAACUACUACAUAGCACAGGUACAGCCGGUGUUUGCCUGCCAGCAGCCUGCGUACUCCACCUGGCUGCCGUGUAACUGAUUCUGCCCCAAAGAAAGGAUGAGGACGUGAGUCUGAUCGCUUUAAACAGGAGUAAGUGGCAUAAAGCUGCCCAGUGCUAAACAGCUGACAGAAAAAGGAGUCCACUGUUUAAUGUUUUGCAUCAAAGCUUCUGUUUUUGUUCAUACUUUAAGUAUGAAUGGUCAAUGGAGAACAGUUGGCGAUCACUUCAAGUACAUUUUUCAGUGUGAAUCACUCACAUUUAUUCUUGACACGUCAACAUCUCUUGACUCGGCCCAGGCCAACAAGGUUUGGCAAAGACUAAUUUGGGAAGCUUGGCAGCAAUGGAUAAAUGCAAAAGUGUGAUGGCCUUGAAUGCGAGCAGCAGAACUGUCAUUAAGGCUGAAUAAGACUGAUUCAAUCUGUCACAAACUCAUUAGCCAGCAUGUUCCAGCAGCAGACCAAACGGCUGCAUCACAACCCUGAAGUUGACAGCUUCGCCAGGCCAGCUUUCAGGGGUGUGUAGCUCUGUGACCACACACACACACACACACACACACACACACACACACACACAGACACACACACAGACACACACACACACACACACACACACACACACACACACACACACACACACACACACACACACACACACACUCACUCUCUGGGUGAAAUCUGAGGUGUGUGCACGGCUCCAAAAUGAGCGUCCUACAUUCAGCUUUACGUCAGCUGAACCGAGGUGAGAUGCUGUUGAACUAGUUUGAAAACAAAGCAGCAUGUCUGUCUUGCAUUUGGAUAUAAUUAUGGUUGUUUACAGACCAAAGAUUUCUUUUCUAACAUGAAAACCCAAUUUUAAUGGGGGAAAAAUUAAGCAAAAUAUGAAGCUCUUGAAAUGUCUACUUGUAUAUGUGAACAUAUGUGUGUUUCUAAGUGCCUAUUGCCUCACUGUGGGCAGAGAAAAGAAUGAGCAGACCAUACGACCCCACUGUGUUCAUAGUCAGGCACACAGGACAGUAGCACCCAGAGGCUUGUGAAUGUAUAUGUGAAAUUAUGCACAGUCAGUGUUUGUGUACGUUUGAAUGAAAAAGGGCGCUAUACAUUCAUGUGGAUUGUGCAGAAAAGCAGCAGUGAAAAGUGUACGAUUGAUAGGUAUUUGCAAGAUUCACAUUUUUUGGGUGGGGGGAUGUUUGGAAACUCAAAAUGUUAUCUUCUCUGAGUGAUGCUCAAAUGUCCCAAAUGAAUACUGGAAUUAUUUAACUGUCAUGACAGCGGUUGAUAAGCAUUUUAUGAUCAUCAGCAACAAAGAAACUCACAGACUUCUUGUAUAUUUUGUACAGCGGUGCUUCUCUUUUUCUCAUCUGUGAAAAAAAGUCACAAUAAGUAGAUAAGAGACAGAGAGAGGAAAGACUGCAUUUCCAGAGUCCUGGCGUGUGUGUUCUCCAAUGCUUCAUCCUACAGUAGAAGGAUAUUUGCACAGACACCUCAGAUGAUGAGACACUGUUUGCUGUAGCACCUUGGCAGGGAAUUCCUCAGCUGCUGCUGAAGAGCUUGAACUUAGCUGGGGUUGGGUUAGCAGACGCUCUGUUUAGGGUUCAGAAAAUGUAGCGCCAAACAUUGUGGUGGCUCCGCUGACAGCCCUAAAGUUUAAUGAGAUCAUUUGCUGAUGUAGAUGAUAUAGAAUACAGAGAGAAAAAGGGAGGCAGAAGAGAAUAUAGAUAAUAAAAAAAACAAGUGAGAGAAAGGAGAAUGCGGUGGUUUGGAGCCAGAGGGGAGAGGAGUCGGUCUGGAGAGAUGGGUGCAGCUGGUGAUGGGGUUUAUCUCUUUAGGGUUAUCAUGUUUUACUGUACAAACCGUCUCUGUUGAGGUCAGACUGCAACUUCAUGGACAGUGCAAGCAGCUCACCCUUACUUUUAGGGAGACCACGACAUUCUGUUAGCAGCAUUUGCUCUCUGUUUUAAUCAUCUGAUUGUUAAUAAAAGAGUGGAAACUGAAGAAUACUGUUUGCAUUCAUGUCAGCUUCAGAAGCUGCGACCAAGCAGCAACAACCGCAGUCUGAACUUGAAGCUAAUGUAGACAUACCUAAAAGUGCAAUAACACAGAGGGUUGCAGACUCUUAAAAAAUGAAUUUCUCCAGUAUGCUCCCCUUCAAAAAGCACAGAACUCUUUGCUGAGCUGCAAAUUCGAUAACAUUUUUUGAUGCUACUAGCUAAAUUCACCUUUUCUAAUUAGUGUGAAAAUAGCUUCAUAGUUGAACAUUAAGCCUCACACGACUGGCUCGACUCAUAGGAUUUUAUGGAUCGGCUUUAAGUGUCCCCCUACUCUGUAUCUGAAAGGUUCUGGGUCCAACAGGAAAAUGUUGACUCUGAAGACGUCCAUUAGCUUCAGUUUGACCUCUUUGCAAACCAACAGACCCUGUCAUCACUUGCUACGUCCAUCCUCGUGUACGGUCUGUGGCUGCAGCUUAUGUUUCAUUUGUGAGGUUGCUUCAUUGAUGCAUAUUAAUGUUUUUAUGCUUCAUUCCACCCCCAUUUUGAAGAAUGGUACUGUAUAUAAAUAUAUAUAUGAUUACAUGUUUCAGCUUUGCCAGCAAACUUAUUUCUUGCAAACUAGAAAAAGAAAGCGGUGAUUCAAAGCGUAAAUAUGCAGGUUUGGCCCCGACUCAGCUCAAUACUGCAACAGAAAGAGAAAUUCUCUCGCUGAAAAAGCACUUCUUUCUCAUCCUCUGUCUCGCAUAACUCUGAUUAUGCACAACUGCUCUCUUCAGUUGUUUCUUCUUCUCAGUGACUGUCCACAUCGAUGGUAUCCUUUGGAUUGUGCAGACAAUGUAUUGUCAUUUUAUACUCAGUGAAGUCCUAGCAGCUGACUAGCUAGCUAGCUCCAGUCUGCCUGUCAGUUAGUGAUUGUGGGUUACAGCAUCGUCUUGUAUGUGUUGUCUUAAGCAUCUGUUUCUGUUCAUGCAGUCUUUUACAAAUCACACGUUUAAAAAGAAAGAAAAAGAUCCUCAUCAUGUAUGUAUAUUUUUUAUGAUUGUUAUUUUUAUAAAUGUACCGGACACUGCCGGUGUGCAGUGCUUUUGAAUCUGUGAUCGGGCUUCAAAGGAUAUGUUCUCAAUAGCUUUUUUGCUAUAAUAUGUUAUGUGUCCAAUGGAUCAAAAGGUUAAAGAUGUUUUCCUCAAUAAAAUGUCUGAAAACCAGA